AAAACUCUAAAAGCUUUGGCAUAUGUAUGACCUUACCUUUCUCCUCAUUUCUCUCUUCCCCACUGACAUUACCCUUCCCACACGGCAACCUCAGAAUAAACCCUUUCUUCUUCCUCAAGCUACCUAUGAAACCAGUCACAACAUCUCUGAUCCGACCGUUUCACUGCACGGUCUCAAAAUGUCAUUAUCCACGACCGAGACAGACAAUUUCAAACCAGUACACACCCUCGUUUCCUCCCCGGUCACCAUAGUUUUGACCGGUAGUCUUCUCUUCAUCAUUUUCACCGGUUUCUUCUCCUUCUUCUUCUGUGGAUGUUUAUUUAGGAAACUCAUGAAGAUUUGGAAUAACCAUCGAAACCGAAACCGUCCUAGUAACGUAAUCCAACCGUCUAAUCCACCCGAAAACCUCGGUCUCGACUCCAAGAUCAUUGAAUCCUUCCCUGAGUAUCCUUAUUCGGUGAAAGAUCAUGGGACGGAUCAAUGUUCCAUUUGUUUAACAGAUUUUAUGGAUGAUGACACCAUUAGGCUCAUUUCUACUUGUAAUCACUCCUUCCACACAAUUUGCAUUGAUCUUUGGUUUGAAGGACACAAGACUUGCCCGGUAUGCAGGCGUGAGCUUGAUGUAGAAGACCGGACAUCGCUAGAAAAGCCGAUAGAAGUUCCUGAAAUCGAUCUAGUUAGAUCUGAAAUCCACGACGAGCCUUUGCCCCGUGACACAGUGACAAUCAUCGUUCACGAGGAGCAUCCUACUACUACUAUUGGUAGUUUAGAGCAUACAGAUGAAAUCGAAAGCUAUGAAAGACGAAUGAAAGCAUCGAAUUUGCGGUUUUGGAGGUCACAUUCUACUGGACAUUCUAUAGUAGUUAAGACCGAAAACGAACAAGAAGAAGAAGAAGAAAAAGAUGAGAUUAAAAUACAUAUUGAGAUCUCUGGAGAAUGUCAGUUUGAAGAUCACAAGAUGACUUUACCAAACAGAAAGUUGUAUUGCGUUAGGGGGACUUACUCUGUAGGAUAGAGCCUGAGAAUGUGAAUUGUCUUGGUUGAUAUAUCAUCCAAUAGAUCAAAGACCGGAAUUAGAUUCUAGUUUCUGUUAUAUUCUUUGUUUCGGCUGUCCAAUUUUGUAAUUGUUUGAUACUAUAGGUUAUACAUAUAGAAGAUGUUGUAAUAUUUGUACUUAAAAAUUCUCAUUAUUCCAUACUAUACUUCAAUACAAGCCAUACUUUUCU